AGCAAUUUGGGAGCCUAUUGAUAUUCAUGCCAUGACAGCAAACGACAACCUAUUACAGCCGUUGUCUGGUGACAAGGAGAGAAGUAGGCUUCUCAAACUAAUCAAGUACAAUUUUUGGAUGCUUAUCACUAAUAAUUGCUUGUCGAUGAGCCAUAUUGACAAGGUAUUGAAAUAUGCCAUGGGAGAAAUUCAAGUCCUUCCGUCUGCGCAAGAACUAGAGAAUGUCCAAACAGGCGAUCAGUUGAUAUUUAGUAUCCGACUAUUGGAUUCUUUGCAGCUGAAGGAAGUAUUUGAUUUCUUGGAGAGCCUCAUGAAAGCUUGUAAGCUAGGCCCAUAUGCCGAGAGCCGUGGCCCUUCUCGUGAUGCAUUUCUUGAUAGUCCUGAGGAUGACAUCAGAAUUGGGGUCACUCUUGAUGAUAGUUUGUCAUAUAUUGAUUUGAACCUAGAGCCAUUAUCCAGCUCUGAAAAUUCUUCUUCCCCUGAUGGCGAAGCGAGGAAUACGCCUGAUGUAAAUUCUGUCAUUUGUUGGUUAUAUGAUGAUCAAAAUGAUAAAGAGAAGAUCAAAGCUUUGGCCAAAGAGAGAGAGGUUGGAGCUGAUAAAAUUGUUGAGAACUUACAAAAGGAAUACAGCGAACUGUAUGCCGUUUGCGGUGAAAAACUCCUCGAAUAUCAGGAUGCUUUGAAAUUCCUCAAAAAUGAAAUUGAGAAUGAACCUGGGGAGAGGACGAAUUCUGCAGAGAUUCCAAUAGAGUGGAAGAAAGAGCUUGCGAAAGGAGAAGCUUUCAAAGAGUCAAGAAACACGGAUGGUUCUAUAAAUCAGUCUGAUAACGAUGAUGAAAACAUUUCAAGAACAGGUUCCAUAUAUAACUCCAACACAAAAUCAGCUUUCAGGAAACUAGAGGAGCCAUCAAAUAAAAAGCUUUGCAUAGUCGAUGCAAAGAUCAUGAAGAAUCUUGCAACUAUUAAGCAGUUGAAGAGCAACCUUGAAAGAGUCUGUUUUGUUGAUUAUCGCGCAAUUCUUGUACCUCUCCUGAGAGUUUACAUGCAGGAAGCCCUUAAGAGAAGAAUAGAAGAACAUUCUCAAAGAAUAUCCGAGGAAGCAAGUGGGGCCUCCUUGAAAGAACUCUUACAUGAUGAUGAGAAAGAUAGAGAUAAAAGAGAUUUUAGCCCAAAACAAUUACAGGAAACCUCAAAGGACAGAAAGAAAAGCAGUAAUUCCAAAAAGUCGAAGGGAAAAAAAUCUAGAUAGUCUUGGAUCUUGUUCAGUUUAUUUUACUUCAACAGUAGUACAUCCAGAUGGCUUUUAGCUCUAUCGUGCGGCUAUGUAAACUUGACUGAAUUUAAGGUAGGUUGCUCCACAAUCAUUUAUGA